GCAGCGACGACGAUCGGCCAUUAUUGCAGCGGCCAGCAGGAUGGCGGCGAAGCGAGUCUAGCGAGUGUGUUCGUGGUUCUACAAUACGGGCCUCUUGCUCUUCACUGAUCGACCAACAUCUGAUAUCAGAAUGAUUAUCUCAGCUGAGGUUAAAUGCCGAACCUGUGAUCAGGUGUUUUGCUGUGCCAAAUGCCGAAUUAAGCACGAAGAUGGCUACCAUCCUGAGGUGGCCAUGAUACGCAAGAUUUGCUACAUCUGCAACGACCGUCCAUUCCCGUUGCGUAGAGACACAGUCAUUUCACCGAACAACCUACUGCUCGCGCACAUUUUUAAGGAGCACUUGCCACUGCGUUGCAACAGCUGCACAAAACUUUUCCUCUCGCCGGAUGACUUUAAAAAGAUCGGGAAAUGUUUUCAAUUUUGCCCGACCGCAGCGGCCGAAAAGCAGGGUGCAUGUCUGCUGGAAAGUCAGCAGGAAGGUGCCACGAUACCAGUGCCGGAUCGUCGCACUACGGUGAAUGAUGAUGAAGAUAAGGAAAAUGACAACAAGGCGACCGCUGUCAUUGUGCCGGUCGUUGCGGAGUCAAAGCAGAGGCCACAAAAACGGAGAAGCAUCCCGCCCUCGGGAGAUCUGUAUCCAGUUCCCGAGCCCCAGCAGGAAAUAGAAGAGGUGGAUGAAGCGCUGUUAACACCUCUGACCAAAAUCAACCUUCGCUGGAAGCGCAAAAGUCGCCAAAGCUUCGAUAGUAUGCUCUCGACCACGGCAAACAACAAUAGCUCAACGUUGGAGAGCAAUCGGGUAGCUGAUGCAGCAGGGCCACGGCCAAAGCUUGUUCGCAGCACCUCUACCCCGAUGUACCAGUGGCAGAUACUACCAUCGAUGAAGAUAUCGAAUGAUUCGUUUACGGCGAACUUGGGUCAAAUGUCGAGCAUACACUGUAGCAGUGGCAGUGAUACGGAUAGUCGUGCGGAUGAUAUCUGCUCUCCUCCACCACCUGCCUCGGCACCAUUGCAGGCACCGAAACCAGCGAUAGUUGUAGCCGACCCUAGCCCAACGGAAGACUUCCAUAAGGUUCGCGCUAUUAUUCGCAACCAAUCGAAGGCGGCAGCGACACCGCUACGCCAGGUUAUGUCAAAAAGCAUCCAGCGGGCGAUCGCUCAGCACACCCAACAACACACACGCCAACAGCAGCAUCAGCAACUUGGUGCGUACUCGAAGAUGCUACAGCCAGGAACCCAACGCAAAAUGAGCUUCAGCUCAACGAUCAGCAGCGUGGGCAACGAUAGUAGCAACAACAGUACGAUCGCUUCGCCGAUACCUGAUCCAUUAGAUCUUCGUACAACGCCCGCAAUGAAACGAGGUGGAAAGCAACCGCGGCCUAAGCCCAUGGACACGGUGCAACCCACCAUCGCCAGCAGCACCGUAAGCGAUGUGCAGGCUCAGGGCGAUGAGCACGAGACCGAGUAUUAUGAAACGCAUCGGGAUCUAGAAUCGUUACGAGCGGCGGACGAGACGACGGCGGCCGAGCGAGAAAAUCGAGAAAACAAUUGGAAGCUUCAUACUGAUGGAAGAGGCGGCAAAGGACAGCCGGCUAACCGCAGCUACGAGCGAACCCCAAAAUCGUCCGGAACGCUUCUCAAAAAGGUGAUUUCAUUCCAGGGUAUUAACACCGCGGCGCAACCCGAUAAAGACAAUACGGAGAGUCUGGAGGAUGAAGAGGACGUUUGGGGUACUCCAUGUGCUGUGGUGCCACCCAUGCGGAGCUAUAGCUGUUCAGCGGUUGGUCUCGGCGAUACCUUCCAAGCAGCAUCGUCACCGAUGGAUCCCGAGAACGAAGCCUACAAUGAUGACGUUUUCUCUAGUUCGACUAACCUGAAUGUUCCGAAGGAGAAGGUAGAAACUCAUAAGAACUAUGACAUGAGAGAAGGGAAAAUAGCUGGCCCCGCUGGUGGUGGCAGCCGACUUUGGUCUAUAGUUUCGAACGUCAUUCGAUUGGCAUCGCGUAGUGACGUGCUACAAGAGAAUUCGCCACAACCGGCAGCCGAAACGUCUGCCGAGUCCGUUGGUGGAGGGAUUGUGCGACGUGCCAUAUCAUUUGCCGAUUAUCUUAAGACACGCUACAGCUCUGACCAUGACGGUGCAGCACGGCGAACAUCAUCCUCCGGUUCGGACGAGUAUCGCGUUGCGGCUGCCUCAAACUGCAAGAAACGGAAACGGGCUACAUCGGUGUAUGCUUCCCGAUCUGCAUACACUGUCGUUAGUGGCAAUGGUCCGCUGCCGGUGCUUCCACCGGUGACGAAGGUGACCUAUAGUCCAGCCGCCAAACGUAAGCGUAUCCAGGCUCGUCAGCCCAUCCAUCGGCUGCGACAUGGAAGCGACGAUAGUGCCAGCAACUGAAACGUACCGCCUCAUUCAUAAUCAUGCUAGGAAUCUCGCUCUUCCAGUAGUCUCUGCGUGCGACGUGGAGCGCCGAAACGAAGAUUGUUAUACGUCGAAUACUCCGCAAUGGCCUUCCUUUGGUGCAUUAUGUUUAAGGGAAGAUUGUAAUUCUAACGUGCCAUCAUAGCUUGACUUGAUGAGAUGGAAAUAAACGCGUUUAAAAAAU